UUGCCAUGCAACAAGUUUAUACGGAAGUGAUGCGCGCGGAGGAGAGCGCGAGGCGGUUUGAAAGGGGACAGAAAAAACACGCAUUUAAUUUCUUAAUUAUUCACUGCGUGUAGUCACUAAAUUCAUCUGUGAAAAACACAAUCUCACAAGAAAGAGUAGCUCUCUGUCAACCGGUUAGUUGUGUUGAUCUGAGAGUAAUGGAGAGUUAUGAAGAGUUCUGCGGCAGAACACUGAACACACUGAUGCUGUCUCGGGCCUGCAGUACCGCGUCACAACAGCAGAGGGCGCACGCGUCCAACAUUCGGUUUCAUGGCAGGAGACUUUUAGAACCUGUGUUGAGUGAGGAGCUGCGUGUUCAGAUGGCUGACGAGAGACAGACGGCUACACAGAGAGACAGAAAGAGACAGACACGACAUACAGACGCUCUGCUGGAGCGCGUGCACAACAUUCUCCAAAACAUCCACUUGAGAAAGCUUCAGAAUGAAUCCGAGCAAGCAGUGAUGUGUCCAGCGGAACUCUCCACAACCCUCCGGCCCAAAACCAGCCCCGGUUCAGUCCCGCACCAGAACCAGAACCUGAGCACCAGCAGUUCACUGAAGAAAGAGACUCUCAGACUGCUGAACCAGCGGAUGGAGAGAGAGAAGAACAGUCCUGAACGUUUCACCUCACCGUCUGAUUCUGUCCUCAGCGGUCUCUCUCUGAGUCUGACGGGUUCUUACGCCCGGUUGCCCAGCCCUCAGCCCAGCCGCAGUCCUCUGGCACACAGAGCCCGACCGUCACAAGCGCUCGCCGCCUCAAACAUUCUCAUCUCCUGUCCCGUCAGCGAGUCUGAGCUCUGUCCAAACACAUCUGAAUGUGAAUGUCAUCCCUCAGAGGUUACCACACCCGGCGCCCCCUGGAACUGCAGCGAGUUGAGUGAUAGACAGCUGUCAGUCAUUAGCUCCACCCCCAGCAGUACCAACAGCCAGAAACGUGUCCAGUCCCGUUUAUCCGGAUCACCACAAGAUGAGAAAGAGAAACCGGCCCGGCGUUCACCUCGGGCGCCGCUGAACCGCUCAUAUGAUGUGGAGAGCCCGUCCCCGUCUCUGAUCAGACCACAGGUGGAGUUCACACCAUCGUCAGGUUCAGACGGGCGCGUCUCAUGCACAUUACAGCUGGAUGGAGGAUUCACACGACGCCCCCUGGAGGAGAGGAUGAAUGUGAAACAGAACUGGACAGCUGAAACAGCGGAUGGGACGUUGAGUGAGUGUUUUGAGAGAGAACACAUCCAGUUGUCUGUGGAGCACGUGAAGGGUUUCUGUCGUCUAAACGCUGUGGCUCGAGGAUUCCUAACACGCAGACUCCUUCAAACGGACAAGAUCAAACAUCUGCGCAAAACUGUACAGGAUUCCAGAGAGUUUCUCCGACCGUUCCAGAGUCAUUCUCAUCUGAAGAGAAUCUCCAUCUCUUCUCAGGAUCUGUCACUGCUGCAGGGAGUCACAACACAGCUGCGAGCUGCGCUGCAUGACAUCCAUCAGAUCUUCUUUGUGUGGCCUGUGAAAGACAAACUUCAUCUACUGCAGCAGCACAGAGAGAUUCACACAAUCAGAGAGACGGAGGGAGUCUGGAGUUCAGGAGUCAGACGGAAUCUGUCUUCAGCCACUCAGAAGACACUAGAGAGAAAAAAACACAUGCAACCAAAGACUUUAAAGGUGAUGCCCAAGAGUUCAUCAGCAUCAAGGAGCGCUGUGAGACAGAGAGACGAGCGUGUGGAGGUGAGACGGCACUCUGUUCAGAGGAAGUGUCUGUCUCUGAGAUAAACACACACAACCAUUCACAUAUUUGUCACGUGUUCUUCUCACCAGACUGUUGUCUACACAAUAAACUUCUUACUGUUCUUCUUUCAGUUUUGUCAUACAGCAUCACUGAUCACAUGAUUAACAUGUGUCCAAAACGUCUUACAAUGUGGACAUUAAAAAAACAUUUAAAAUAUAAAAAUAUCAGACAGACUGGACACUUUUACUGAAUUAAAGGCACAGUUCAC